AUGGCGCCGUCAGAAAGUCAGAGCGCUUGGGAUGCUCAAUCAAAAGACGCAAAGCGUAUUCUAGCAGAGGACAAGUACGAUGAUUGCCUCUCCUGCCGAAUAACAGCAAGAACAAACAAUCAUGCGGAGUGCGACAAAAUACAAGAUGGGAUCUCGGAAAUUGGGCAUUGCAACUAUAUCUGCAACAUUAGUAGGCAUGGGAAUAUGGAGGGCUUUGAAUUAAUGACCGGCAGCAAAGCUUUGGGUAUUGUGCGAGCUCAUAAUGAAAACAAAGGAUUCCUUGGUGCGCAUGCAGACCAAAAUUCAAAAUAUAUACGAUUGAAGGUUCACAACAACUGCCUCACUGGCACGAAAAGGUUUUUGGAAAGUGUGAUAAUGUGA